GGCUUCCUCGUGACCUGGUCACAUGACUUGCGCCGCCUCUUACGUUGUCCCUCUUUUCCAAGUUGUAAGAAGUUUGUACCUUGUGAAUUUUUGUUGCUUUUAACCCAGCCUGUGCCAUGGCAGAACUAAGUUUUGUCAUCGCCAUGUCCGUCGUGACCUUAUUCUGGGCCAUUGUCGGAGGAGUGGUGCCCUGGUUUAUACCCAAAGGACCAAACAGAGGCGUUAUUGUCACAAUGCUGGUGUUGACUGCUAUUUGCUGCUACUUGUUCUGGUUGAUUGCCAUUCUGGCUCAGUUGAACCCACUGUUUGGACCGUCUCUGUCCACUGAUGCCAUCUGGUACCUCCGCUACCACUGGCCUUAAUGAUCCUAUGCUGACAGUGAUCCUGACAGUGCAGACGUUGCAGCAAAACCAUGGAGUGUUUUCUCUUAACUUCCAGAUGCGUUCCUUGCCUUAAUCUCACAUCCCUGUGUGCCUACUGAGUGUCUUUCACACAGGUGCCUUGUACAAAAUACCCAAAUGACUUUCUUAAAAUGGCUUCUGGCAGAGUGUGCUUUAAUUUAAAAGUGUUCAGUUGAUGUAUAUUAUUGUAAAGUGAUGCUGUUUGUGUAAAUGAGCUUGCCAUUAAAUGUUAUGCCUCAUACUUCA